CUGAUCCAGCAACCUCAGCGGCCACAGCAGCCUCCUGUACAACAACCUCCUCCAGUUCAGCCUCAGCAGUUCAUACAACGACCCUAUCAGCCUCAGCAGUUUAUACAACAACCUCCACCUCAGCCCCAGCAGUUCAUACAACAGCCUGUACCUCGGCCACAAUCCUUCAUACAACAACCGCCUGUCCACCAACAACAGGCAUACUGGAAUUGGGCACCACAAACUGCGGCGCCAUUGGUCGCAACUACUCUCACCCCAAUAGUACCGGUAAACACGCCGGUGACGUUGCCUUUCACCCUUCCACCUCCACCAGCACCAACUCAGCCGAGUCCGAAGCUACUGGCCCAUAAUACAGCUCGGAUGAUUCGCGAAAUUGCCACUUUCUCUGAUCAUCACCAUGGCGCUAAUGAAGAUUACGGUGCCGUACAAACUCUUAUGGAAGCAUUUUUUGAGGCUAUUGCUGGUUCAAAACCUGCCGUCCCUGCCCAGCUUCAAACAAUAAACGAACUUUCCAUUUCACAGGAUUCUGGUCGUGUACUGCAACCAUUGUAUGAUGGUACAGAAAUGGGUGCAAAUCGUCCACUUGUUAACAAACUUUUCGAGAGUGAUAUGGUGCUCACGGUAGAGCAAAUGAAAGGGUAA